AUGGAUAAAGUUGAUCACAAAUCGCCUAAUAUUACUUUUUGUAUAGAGAAUGAGGACCAUACACUCGGGAAUACUUUGAGGGCAUUAUUAGUUGAAAGGGAUGAUGUAGUUUUUGCUGGAUACUCAGUUCCUCAUCCAAUGGAGCCUGAAAUGAAUAUAAGAAUACAGACUACAGGUCAACCAGCUGUGGAAGUGUUUUUGGAUUGCCUUGACGACAUGGUCAAGAUAUGUGACAUACUGAGAGAGAAAUUUGAAAAGGCUAUUAAGGAAUAA